AUGGCAGUCUCUGCUUGGAAGUUAUGGGAAGGAUGCCAGUUACUAGAUAACAUUGCCGAAGGAGGCUUCUGUCAUCUGUAUCGGGAUGUGACCCGAGCAUUCACCCCAUCGCGCGUUCUCAUGCUCUUUGUACCCAGGGCACGAAAGACGCUUUUUGCACGCACGGAGCUUUUCCCUGGUUUCGGGAAUGCAGUAUUAAAUCUCAGAGUACCAUUUUUGCGCGUUGGUGAUCUAAAAUCGAAAAAGGACAAGGAUGGAGACCCUACUAGGUGUAUCCGCGAGAAUGACUGCUCCCCAGCGACAACCCCCGAAAGCUUCCGGAGCCUAUGGAGAUCCUUAAGACGGCUUCUUCGGCCUCUGGUGGUGGUCUCCGCAGUGCUUUUAUCUGCCGCAGUUCCUCCUGCGGCAUGCCUUGAACCGUCUUCGUUCUCUGCUGCUGAGGGAGGCAUCGCCCAGUUUCCCCUCGGGCUUAACGCCUUUCAACGCGCACUGAAGUCAUCAUCAGACAGCGACGUUGCCGAACCAGUAGCAUCCGUGUCAGAAGCACCAGCAAAAGUAGAAGGAGGAAAGGCCCUGACAAAGCAGAUCUGGAGGGCUGCCAAGCCCCCUGUUGUUGUCGAUUGUACGGCCGACGAUCUGGAAGAGAUACGGCAACUCCUUCUGCACACUCCUGAAUAUCCGGUGAAGUAUCAAUCGUACACGAUGCGCUCCUUUUCGAUGUCGCCUCACUUUUUCGACAUGUGCGUUGUUGCGAAGUACUUGGGUAGCACAAGCAGUGACGAGGCCGACACUGAAGCGGAUGAGGAGGAAGAUACCCCUCGCCCAGGAGGAAUUAUUGGGGUGGUAGCUGCUGCAGAAAUGAGUGCUAAAUCUGCAAAUAUCCUGAUGGUCGCUGUGCAUGAGAAUUUUAGAAGAAUGGGCCUUGGUGAGCCUUCCCAGAUCACCGAUCACGAUUCAGGAACCAGCAGCAGCCCUGGGCGCGGACCGCUUCUCUCUGACACGAUGCUGCAUGUGUGGAUUUCGCAAUUGGCACCUCUCCACCUGUACAUGUCCAUGGGCUUUGGACCUACACGGUACAUUCCAGCGUACUACAACACUCAGGCAGUCUCAGCAGGCUAUGAAAUGCGCAUGCCUCUGCCAUACCAAACUCCUGAGGAGGCCUAUGCCAAAACGAUUGAGCGGAAAGGUCAGCGUACACCAGAGGGCGAUAUCAAAAACUCGGAGAGGACGCGGUCCAAACCUGUACAGAAGCCUCUACGGAGUCUUCCACGGUAUUCAAGGUGCAAAACCUCGGCGCUUUGGUGCCUAUUUGCUUUGAUUUUUGCCUCAGGGUCUGAGCUGAAGUCUUUACAGAUGUCUCUCGUAGAAGCAGGAAGCACUCGCAAUAUUCACGGCUCAGCUGGGAAACGACGAAGAUGGUUUUUUCUGUACGUCCUCGCCGCAGGUGUUGUCGUGUCUGCUGGUGGGCGUGCGGAGGGAGGACAAGGUGCUAGGCUGGCUUGCGCCUGCGCAGCAGCAGAGGUGCUCUGUGCUGCGAGCCAGGUCGUUGAUAGAGAAGCGACGCCUUCCGCGCGAGAGGCCGCUUUGCACUGGGUGCAUCUGCCUGCACAGGAGUGGCUAGAGAAGAGUCACAACAGGAGGGAGACUGAGAGGGGCGGGGAGUCUUAG